AUGGAGCUUUGGAUAGUGCCCAUAGAGCCCGCUCACGUGGCUUUUACCGAGAUGCUUGAGUCGCACUUUCGGGAUACGGCGCCCAACGUAGCCGAGGAGAACGUGCAGGCGCGGAUACGAGGCAAUAUCCUGAUGACCGUAUCCAACAAAUUCGGCUGGAUUGUGCUGACCACCGGCAACAAGAGCGAAAUGGCCAUGGGGUAUGCAACGUUGUACGGCGACAUGGCCGGAGGAUUCGCCGUUCUGAAGGACGUGCCCAAGACACUGGUCUACGAGUUGUGCGAGUGGCGCAACCGGAACGGGGAGCCGCGCCCGGUCAUCCCCCAGGCCAUCAUCGACAAGCCGCCCAGCGCCGAGUUGAAGGAUGACCAGCUUGACCAGGAUACGUUGCCGCUCUACGAGGUGCUGGACCCGGUGGUGAAGGCAUACGUGGAGGAAGAGUAUGGCUAUCAGGACAUGGUGGACAUGGGAUUCGACCCCCAAGUGGUGCGGCAGGUAAUCCAGUUUGUUGACCGCAAUGCGAGUACAAGCGCCGCCAAGCCCCGCCGGGGGUCAAGAUAA